UUGAUGAAUAUGAACAAGUUCAAGCACAACUAAAAGAAAGUCAAAAUGAAAUAUUUGAACUUAAACAAAAAAUUGAUAAUAUGAAUAUAAAUAAUUCAAAAAUUACUGACGAACAUGAGCACGUCAACAAACAACUUGAAAACAAACAAAAUGAAGUUAAUCAACUGCAGGAGACUAAUCUGACGUUAAAUAAUAAAUGUGAACAUUUUGAAAAAUUACUUCAGGAAAAACAAAAUGAAAUUGAUCAUCUUACUAGCAUUACCGAUGAAAUGAAAAAGGAGAAUUCAACAAUGACUGAAGACUUCGAACAAAUUAAUAAAAAAUUUGAAGAUAAACAAAAUGAAGUUGUUCAUCUUACAACUCUUAUCGAUGAAAUAAAAGCAACUAAUAUCGAACUCAAUAAGCAGAUAGAAAACGAGCUUGAAGCUAAAUGUCAUGAAAUUGUUAAACUUAAUGCGACAAUUAAUGAAAUAAAUACAACAACUAUUGAAGAACAACAAUUCAUUAAAAAUCAACUUGAAGAAAAACAAAAUGAAAUUGUUCGUCUUACAACUCUUAUCGAUGAAAUAAAAGCAACCAAUGUUGAAUUCAAUAAACAAUUCGAAAUCAAACUUGAAGAUAAACAAAAUAUGAUUACUCAACUUACAACAACUAUAAAUGAACUACAGGAAACUAAUCUAACAUUAAAUAAUAAAUGUGAACAUUUUGAAAAAUUACUUAAAGAUAAACAAAAUGAAUUUAAUCAAUUAACUGUAUUAAAUGAUGAUAUAGAAAAGAAAAAUUCAACUAUUAUUGAUGAAUAUGAACAAGUUCAAGCACAACUAAAAGAAAGUCAAAAUGAAAUAUUUGAACUUAAACAAAAAAUUGAUAAUAUGAAUAUAAAUAAUUCAAAAAUUACUGACGAACAUGAGCA